AUGGACAAGGCACAUGGAGGACUAUGGCCAAAUCCAAUCGGUGCAUGUGACUCCAGUGUCACGUGCUUCAUGGCUUUUGCUUCUGGGAUUAUUUCCGCUGCUAAAUUCAGUGACUGUGUGGUUAUUCCCUUUGCUGGUGAUGGAAAACAUGUGUCCCCACUUCGAUGUGGUGCCAGAUGCUUGUGUCGUCCCCAUAUCUCUCCAUGGCCUUUCAUUGCACAACUUGCAUAA